AGUGGAUGUUGAUUAAUCUUGUAUAUAUCUGCUACGCACCGCCACCUAAUUUUAUUCAUACUCGACAAACUAUCCUCUAUAAAUCUUGUUCCUUACGACCUGACUUGUAGUCAUGGCGGAUUGUAUGCCUAUCGAAAGGAAUCGGUCCAGUUCACUAUUCCCAGAAACAUCCGCGAACGAUUGGAAAUGGCGUCAUUUUCCAAAAGAUACUCAACAAUACUUCACUGAAGAACAAUUUCACUUUGUCGGCCAGAUAAAUAAUGAUCUGGAUCAGUAUGCGAUAAUGUCCUGCGACGAACCUUACAGUCUCUCAGACCAGAACGUGUCUGAACCAUUUUGGCCAAUACCAUCAUUUUUUCUACCAGAAUUUCGGAUCCAGGCAGUAUUAGGGUUGCUCCGCCAUGGGCGGAGGUUGGGCGAGCUCUACCGCAAGCAUCCGAUGUAUCCCCAUGUGGACGCUCAGAUUGAAACAAUGAUGCUAGUGGAUGAUAUCAGUACAUCACCUGAGCACGUUCGCAAGGAAUUUACUCAGUACAUGGUUCAGGCUGGUUUCCUAGUAGACCCUGUCAUCGACAGUGACAUAAUACUCCUCGACGUAAUGAACAUCGAACAAGAGCUUGUUCGCCGCGCGUGGCAAUGCAUGGAUAUAACGUUGGAAGAUUGCUCUCUGAUCAUUAUGUUACGCGAGUUAUUGGUAAAGUCGGGAGGGAGAACAGACAGCUGGAUCAAGGGAAAGCAUUACGAUACCUGGUCUACUCCAGCAAUGCGUCUGGCAAUCCUCAGAUCAGCGAUUGGGAUUUGUGGCUCAAUUGAAGGUCGUGAGCUCGACAGGUCUAACCGGUUGUGUUACCUGCAAUAUUGCAGGGUAUUUCGAGAUGACUGGACAGUGAGGGCCAUCGACAAUCGGGACAAAGAUUUACGUGAUUUGUUAGUGCAAACUACAGACGUGGAUCUGCCAUUAGUCGUACUGCUAGACCAUGAUUGGACAAAGUAUCUCGACUUCAAGCGUCUCCUCCUCGUCAACAUACAAGAGGAAUUGUACGACGCAGAGCUAUAUGUCGCCUGGAGGGCCGGAUUUGAGCCCUCCAUUGCCUACAACUUCCUACGUUCAGGGCCAGGAACAGAUUUGUUCUGUACACAGCCUCAUAAGCUUGGUAUUCUUACUAUUUCUAUGCUGAUGGAGCAGAUUGACGAGCGUGUUAUCCGACGGCACCUGGGCGCAAGGGUUCAGACACCAUACAACACGCUUGAAUCGUUCAGAGAGGACAAUCCGAAACGGGAGGUUGUCAUGGACGAUCCAGUCCAUUAA